AAUCCCAAUCCAAGCGCUCGCCCGCCUGGCCUGUCUUCCCCGCCUUGUCAAGGCCCGGUCGAAGUAUUUACCUCAAUAUCACGACCGUAUUUUUUUUUUUUUUUUUUUGAAGUGUGAUGUAAAUACGAUAUAUGAAUAAUGUUGUGAAGAAGAGGCGUAAAUAUCUGGAAACAAGCCACUGCUAAAGCCAGCUGAACUGGCUGAACCACGGGUAUCCGGGUUGUAUGCGACUCGCUGCUUUGCGUACUGACGCAAUAUGAUUGCCAAACAAAACUCUAGACAGCCAUUGAAAGAAAAAUUCGUUCAGAUCUACGAAAGCUUCUUCAAAGGAAAGGAUCCUUCCAUAGACAACCAGAACUUCUGGGAUGAGCUUUUCUUGCUGAAAGUUAAUGUCAACUUCAUCCAACAGCAGUUCGACAGUUUGUCUGGAGAAGACCUUGUGAAACUUAAGGAAACAAUUAACACUUUGUUUUACCACUGCGUCCAAGCACUGCGAAGUGAGCAUCGCAUCCGAAUUGUCAAUGCUCUGCAGACGUUGUGCGCCCUCAUUCAAGGCGUCUACAGGAAAGCACAUGGGGACUAUGGCUUUGACAUCAUUAACCUGCUCAUUGGAUUUGAUACGGCCGAGCCCACGAUGCAGGAGCUCAUCGACCUGAUCUGCGGCCUUUUAGUUGGAGAGUACACAGACAGCCUCAAGUGUCUUGUCCUUCGAUUCCUCCUCGUUCUAGUGACGGCCACUGAGAAUGUGAGCCAGAAUACCCUCCUGGAGUACAUCAUGAUGAACUGUGUGUUUGAAGCCAUACUUCGGCUGCUUGCUGACAAGCACUCCCGGGCACACUGUGGCUACGAUGCUGUCCUGGUGCUCACCAUUCUCGUCAGCUAUCGGAAAUAUGAGGCUGCCAACCCGUACAUUGUGAAGCUCUCCAUCGUAGACAAUGAGCUUGCCCUGAAUGGGUAUGGACUGGUGGUUUCUACAGCCUUGUCUGAAUUCAAUAGGCAGUUUGUGCAGGAGCAGUCAGAGCCACAAAGUGGACUCCUGUCGACAGUCACCAAUUUCGUGGGCACAAUGUUUUUGGCUGAUGAGGGCCUACCGAUGAAAGACUCUGGCAGAAGCGACGAUGCAGUUCUUCUUGCACUCUAUGAAGCGGUUCAUUUGAACAGGAACUUCAUCACCAUCCUCACAAACUCUCAAACAGAAUCGUGCUCCACCUCCUCUGCACCCAGCAGUGCUCCCCUUUCCACAACAGAGCAUUCUCCCCACGACCUGGCGCCCGUUGAGGUGAACACGAUGGACCAGCCUCCGUCCAACCUUCUGGUCACUUUCCUGGAGUUCUGCUCUAUUGUUAUGCAGAAAACCAAGGAUGAAGACAAUGCAAACACGACCAAGCUUGGUUUCAUCAUCCUCACGUGCAUUACAGAGGAUCAGUAUGCAAACUCGAUCAUGCACGAUGUAAACAUGGUGUUCAAGGUCCAACUUCACAGGAUGCCCAUGAGGCAUCGCAAGGUGACUCCACUGCAUGCAGUGCACUCACGGCCUCUGGCCUGUGCGCUUCUCGACCUUAUGGUGGAGUUUAUCUUCAGCCACAUGAAAAAGAAUCUUCUCCUCGAUCUCUACCAGCGAUGUUUGGGCAUAAUCCACCGGUUACUCUGCUACCAGAAGAAAUGCCGGGUGCGACUGCAGUACAGCUGGAAAGAGCUCUGGACGUCGCUGAUCAGCUUGCUCAAGUUCCUGCUGAGCCGAGAGUCGGACUUUGUGAAGAAGCACAACAUAUUCCAGCUGGCCAGUCAGGUGGUGAACAUUCUGAACCUGUUCAUUACGUACGGCGACACCUUCCUGCCCUCGCCUGGGAGUUACGACGAGCUUUACUACGAAGUGAUACGGAUGCACCAGGUGUUCGACAGCAUGUACUCGAUGGCACUCCGUUACACGACUGGAGAUAGCCAGUGGAAGGAUUCUGCAGCCAAGCUUUCAAACCAUCUGGUCAAUGUCAGAGCAAUUGUGAAUCACUUCACGCCAAAGAUUGACUCCUGGUCGGCUGCUAAUCACAUGUCGGCACUCACAGAGGAACAGGUGUUGAACGUAGUGCGAAGCAACUAUGACACGCUGACGCUGAAGCUCCAUGACAACCUGGACCAAUACGAGAAGUAUUCGGAGAAACCCAAGGAGUCUCCCUUUUUCACGCUCAUGGUUCGAAACGUGGUGUCCGAUUUCAGGCAGAAGCUGAACCUGACCGGACUUGGGCAGGAGAAUGUCUUGCAAGAAUUCUCUACCAUUGCCUAAACUAGCAAUCUGGUGCUUUCAGUUGGAAGAGGGUGCAUGUACUUUAAUACAAGUAUGGAAGAUUUGGCGUCUUCUGGAUUUAAAUCUGUAAAGAUGCGGUCGGAAGUUGUGUUCUUUCAUUUCAAAGUUUUGCGUACAAUGCUUCUGCUGCAUUUGCCGUGCUUAGGUUUGUGAGUGCAGUGUAGUGGCUUGAGGCAGUGUCCUUGUCCAAGGAAAUGUCUGCGUUUUGUCAUGGCAUCAAAUCAGCCUGACAUUGUUUGAUGGUAAUGACUACCUCCCUUCGCACUUUAAUAAACAAGUGCACAAGAAUGGGCAUAUGAGCUUUUUGUUAGGUUUUCAUGAAUCUAUGUACAAUGUUUCUAUACUGUGGUCUAGUGUCAAGGGGAUCCUCUCUGGAGUGGUUGACAGGAGUGUGGUAGGUUAUGGAAUGCUUUUAGUGCCAUAACGAGCAUUUGGAGUGGUACUGUGCAAUGUUAUAUAUGUGGCAUAGCAGUUCUUUAUGUUUCGUGGAACUGGAAAGGGUUCCCAGACAUAUGAUUAGACUCCGUUUAAUCAAGUUGCUUUCAAGCAAAUCAUAAAAUGCCAGUUUUUUUUCUGGAAUUUCCGUUUUUUAGGUUAAAACAAAAGACUGGGCAAGUUCUCUCAUGCUGAACUUGUGCCGCACGUGUCGCUAGUCCUAACCGAACGAGUAGCACUGCUUCAAAAAUGUUCCCGCGAUCAGUCACAUGAGCACCCAACUGUAUUCGCCAGCCUCUACAUGGAGAUCUCCACCGGGCUUCACCGUCUCAAACCGCUCCUAGCAAAUUGAAUCCGAUCUGAUGUGCUCGACUAGCAAAUUGAGCUGUUUACGUGGGUCGAUUUGAUGCACUGAAUCGAUUCAAAGGACUGCGGUGCAAUUUAUGUAAAUGCAAAUGUAAAUGUACAAGGAUGACACGUAUUCCCGCUCGACAUUGUGAUCAGCACAUUGAGCCUUGGGCAUAUAAAGCUGUGUAGUAUUAAUGGGUUGUGAUCCUAGAGUGCAAGCGAAGCGCCAAGGAGAACAGCAGCCGGUCCUUUCCUUACGCUUGGGAGUCUGUGGUGCACACUUCCGAUUAUGAACACUUGGAGUUCUCCAGCGUGCCCGUUUCACGAACCAAGGGUACUUCCUUGCCAAUUUUUCGCCUAAAUGCGUUGCACUCUCGCCCGCCAGCCCCCUCAGUCAUCAUGACGAGGGGGAAACGGAGUGUGGGAUGACCCAGGUGCAAAUGUCCCACGCCGCCAAUUGGCUCCCUUGGGUAGAAACGUUGUGAAGCCUUUGAUCCUCGUGCCAUUCUAGUGCCCUGCAGUGGGACCAGCAAACGUGCAGGGUCAACCUGUUUCCUCCUUAAACUUGGUUUCAUGAAUGCCCAAUAGUAAAAGUAUAAAAAUAUGUGCCCAGAUUGGCCAAUGGUCAGUGAAACUCUUUGUUGCAAAGAAAUGGCAUUUGGAAAUGCCCAUUAUAUCUCGGGGUAGGAUCAUACAGGUGUCAAACAGCAACCUCCGUGCCUCUCCUCCUGCAGUUUUCUGAAUUUUAUGCUCGCGGAGUGAAGCAGAAAAAUUUUCUUUUCUGCUUAGACACAAACAAUACCUGAAUUGCCUGUAGUCACUUAUACUAAGCAUUUGCAUCUGUGCGAGGUUUCUUUUUGUGCCGAUUGCCUAUGCAUCAGCUCCCCCCUAAUAGCUAUGUUGUCGGAGACGAGAUUGUGAUGUUUGCCUUUGGGAAGGGGGCACAUUUGCUUAGUAGUCUUCAAGCAAAAUGUUUCUAUGGGCAGACUUUCGAAAAAAGAGCUAUAGUCUAAAAAUGACUCGUGCAUUUGCAUUCCCCUGCUCAUUGUGCUUCUUUGAGGAAUGUUUCAUAUUGAAUGCUUCCUGCCCACUUCUCGCAACUUCUAUGGCAUGAAUUUUUAAACUGGGUUCCCCAGAGUAGCCUCGUGGGUUAUAUUGCAGCAACAGCAAACGGCACGAUACAAAUCAAUUUGACAGGCAUUGCAUCGAUCGCGACAUCUCCACCCCAUAAUAUUGCCCCUCAAAAAUGAUUUUUUUCUUCUUAAAGUAGGUACAUUGCUCUAUAGCAAAAACAAAGCUUCUACAAAAAUUACAUUUUUGAAAUAGUGUCUGAAAAUAUGCAAGCAUUUUUCCUGUUAUCCAAGUGUUUUUAUGAAAUAAGUCCUAUUUAUUUUCACUAUUGCUAUGAAAGGAGUAAAAUGGGUCUGUGAAUGUUUUGUCCCCUUUCACAAUAAACAUUUUACACCUUGCUUUUUUA